AUGAGUGCAUUUGCUGCUCGACAAAAGCUGUUAGCUGCCGCUGCCAGUGCUGCCGCCACUACUCCUAAUGUUGACGACGACGACAACAACAACAACAACAAUGGAGAUAUCAUUGACCGCAACACAUCCGCCAAGUCCUUCUUCACGAGGGAUAAUUUCAGAAAGGCACUACAGGCUCAGAAACAGGAGCCUUCCCAUCAUGUGGACGAAACACCAGCAGCGCGCCCCAGAAAGCGGAAGCAGGGUCCCAAGGACGAAGUACCAGCCGAAGGAAGAGAUGAAGGCCGUCAGCUGAAAUCCCAGUUCCCAAAUCUCUCAGAACCAAUCCCAACAGGUCGGAGGAGGGUCAUAUACUAUUCAUCUCAAAGGUUGAGCCAGACCAACAUCCAAUCAAAGGCCAAUGGCCGUAUGCUUCUCAAGCUCCUCGAUGGAGAACGUUUGGUCAUUCUUGGGAGCUAUGGUAUCAAGGUACGCGAUGGCGAGCUUACCGUUGCUGGAGCCUUCUUGUCAGAAUCGGACCUCGUCCACUGGGUUCAUGCUCCCCAAUGCCAUGCUCUUCCCGUCAUCCGCAUUACGAGCGAUGCCACAAUCGAGUUGCAUCCACACCCAGGAGCUCGGAGCUUGAGACAGCUCGCUAGCCUGAACCCGGCAUUUGGGAAGCUAUGGAAUGAGUCGGAUGAUGUUGCGGCGGGUCAGGCCAAAAAGGUUGUCCCUACCUUCCAGAUCAUCUUCACCUCGGACGAUGCCCCUAGGAGAGGCGGCGUUCAGGAAUUGGUCUCCCCUGCUGAAUGGAACAAGCAACUAGCGGACGUCCUAGACUCCAAGAGAAAGGCUACGCCUGUUGUCUUCCUAACCGGCCCCAAAUCAUCCGGAAAGUCCACGUUCGGGCGGCUAAUGGCCAACCGUCUGAUAACUGGCUCUGGACUCUCACGACAGCCCUGGGCUCCAGUAGUCGUCCUCGAUCUCGACCCAGGUCAGCCCGAAUUUGGACCUCCCUCCGUCAUAUCCCUCAACAAGCUAUCAAGCCCAAACCUCUCUCCUCCCUUUGGCCAUCCCGCUUUGGACCCAAGAACGGCUCAACUACGCGCCCACACUGUUGCCUCCGUCACGCCCAGCUUAGACCCAGACCACUUUGUUGCCUGUGCCCUCGAUCUCUUCCACACUUACAAGACCAACCCCUCGCUGAACAAACUCCCACUCAUCAUCAACACCCCGGGCUGGAUCCAAGGAACCGGGCUCGACAUCCUAUCUGAGCUAAUCCGCCAGACAGUCCCAACAGAAGUGAUCUACAUGUCCCAAGACGGACCUGAGGAGACCGUUGACGGUCUCAAAGCCGCCUGUCAGGAAAAGAAAAUCCCCUUCGUUGCUCUCCCCAGUCAACAGCCCCAAGGUCAGCCAUCCUCGUCAGUCGAUGCCACGACCCCAUCAACUUCGGGGGGAGGAGGAAGCUCAAGAACAGCCCUUCAUCUCCGUACAAUGCAAACAAUGUCCUACUUUCACCUGCUCUUCUCCUCCCUCACUGUUCCUGUCCCCCACGGCCAAAGCCAAAACCAAAGCCAACCCCAUCCCGGCCCAACCUGGUCCGCCACACCUCUCACCCACCUUCCUCCCUGGCGUGUCCGCUAUCGCGGCCCUCGCCCUGGUUUCCUGGGAAUCCUCUGCUACGACCACCAGCCCGCGCCGGACUUGUUGGCCGAAGCCAUCAACGGCAUGAUACUUGCCUUGGUGAAAAUUGAAGACCGCGCUGGUGCUUUUAGGGACUUUCCCGACCUUCUCGUCGUGUCUUCCCCGCAGGAGCAGCAGCAACAACAGUCUGUACAGCAAUUCAAGAAGCAGUCCUCGUCCCAAAAACAACAACAACCAGAGUUAUUAAUCUGCAAGACCCCCCGUGAAUCCCUCCCCCACCUCCCCAACCCCCAAGGCAAAACGCUUUCCCCCGCCCACUCGCGCGUGCUGGGGUUGGUGCUGGUCAGAGGGAUCGAUGUCAAGAAGGGGGAGUUGCAGCUUUUGACGCCUUUGCCUGUGGAGAUGAUAGCAGGAAAUGAGCAGGAUCUGGUGCUGGUGGCGGGUAGGUUCGAUACCCCUUCGUGGGCGUAUGCGGAGGAUUUGCACAGGAGGCAGUGGGAGAAGAACAAUGCUGCUGCUGCUAGAAACAAACAGCAGGGUUUGGUGCUUGGUGGUGGUGCGAAGAUGGAGAUUGAUGAUGAUGACGAUGGUACUGGGGAUGGGGACCAGAGUGACGAGACGGAAUCAGUUGGAGCGGAUGAGGUUGAGGAGAGGCCGGAGUGGGAAAGGGUUCAGGCGUUGCAUGGUGGAACGUCGGAGGCGCAGCCGUGGGUCGAGAUGUUGCAUGGGAGUCAGGGACGGGCGGCGGGGAGUAAGGUGUGGAGGGUUAGGAGGGAUUUGGGAAGACGGUAG